UUGCGGUGUACGCAGCAACUCACAACGUUCCCCCUCGUUUGUUUUGCGACUGCUCGGAUGGAUGUGCCCAUAAUAUUGAACAAAAAAGCGAGGACGUUGCCAUUUGUGGCUCAUUAAAGGACACGGACGCGGCGGCAGACGGGGCAUACGUCGGUGGAGGUGUCGACUGGGGAAAGAAAGAGCACCACAAACAAAUCAAACAAAAAUCACCACAAAACCAACCACAACCAUCCAAAUCUCAGAUUAUGAGACAUGCAACAGCAAAAAAAUAAACAUCAAGAACAUCAGAACAUCAGACCAUCAAGAACAAGCAGAACCACAGCACGAACCACCACGAAAUGCUUAAAGCACGAAAAUAGAAAAUUCUAGAUUUGGCAAAUUAGGAUUUCAUUUCACGUAAGCAAUUCGAGGCGAAGCAAAGAGACAGCCUCACACAGAAUUUCUCCAGAGAAAAGCCACCAGGGAGCCACGAACAAUAGCCACAAAACGCCAACUCCCCCAUGCACCAUCGCAUGCAGAAGAAGACGCGCAGCGCCUCCAUUUGCGCCACGGGGGCCAGCAUUGAGACGGUCAUCCAUGGCCUGCCCUCCGCCCCCGGCAGUGCCACGCCGGAGGGCGGCACGCCCGGCUACCGCCGACGCCGGCCGGCCACACGCUCCCAGAGCGCUCGCAUCACCUCGGGUGCCAGAUCGGUUCGCCAGCGCACCAAGGCCCAGCAGCAGCAACAGCAGCACACGCUCCAGGAGACGCGAUCCUACUGCAACAGCGAGCCGCGUCUCAGCGAGACGGAGACGCCACCGCAGCGACGGAAGCUCUCGCAACGUCGGCCACAGCCCCACGGACACAGAAAAUCGAACGCCUUCCUGGACGUGCCCACCAUGAACAUGCACCACCUGCGCGUCAACGAUGACGACGAGGAUGUGGAUAGACUGCGCACAUUCAGCGCAUCCAAGGGAGGCAUCAUUAAUCGCGGCGACUCGUUCCGACGUCGACGGUCGCGCAGUAACAGUCUGGCUCCGUCCAGCCCCAUCCACGCCCGCAACGGUGUCGGCGGCCUGGGCGGCAACACGGGCGGCGGCAGCAGCCAGGGCCUGGGCUCCGGCUACAACGGCGGAGGCAGCAGCAGCAACGGAUUCGGGCACGGACAGAACGCCCAGGAAAAUCACCAGCCGGUGCAGUUCUAUCGCGUGGAGAUGCUUGGAUCGGCGGGCGUGGGCAAGCAGGCCCUGGUCUCACAGUUCCGCACCUCGGACUGCAUCAACGCCUACGAUGGACCAGAGUGCGAUGAGGGCGAACAGAACAUCUCCAUCAUCUUGAAUGGCACCGAGUCGGAGCUCAAGUUCCUCACUGGCAGCCCGGAAAGCAAGGACGAACUGGAAGAGGCGGAUGCGUUUCUAGUGGUCUACUCUUUGAUUGACAAGGAGUCCUUCACGAGGGCUAAGCAGAUUCUAUCGCGACUGCAGGACAUGGACCUGCACCGCCACCGCCCCAUCAUUCUGGUGGCCAACAAAAUUGAUUUGGCCCGCUCACGCGCCGUCUCUGCGCAGGAUGGCAAAUGUCUGGCCUGUACGUUCGGAGCCAAGUUUAUCGAGGUCUCGGCGGGCAUCAAUCACAAUUGCGACGAGCUGCUGGCCGGGGCCCUCACCCAGAUACGCCUCAAGAAGGACCAGAAUAUGCUGCAGGGCCAACGGGACGGCAGCUCUCCGGCACAAUGGUACAAGAGCCGCAGCGUGAUGCUGGCCAGCAUGAAGGCCCGACAGAUGCUCACCUGGAUACUGGGCAAGGAGGACUCGAAGUUCAAGCACUGCGAGAAUCUGCAAGUGCUGUAAGCCCGAGGGAAAACCAACAAAGAUAAAUGUUAGUCUAUGUGUUAGCUGUAUCGAUAUAUGAAUAUGUGUAUAAUCCAAGCCCAAAGCAGAAGGCUUAUCAUCCAAUAUGUAAACAGGUUUCGAUAGUUCGAAGCAGGCAAAUCACCCUCUCUGUCCCGCCCCCUGCCUCUGACCAGAUAUAAGCCACAAUUCGCAUUAGCAAUUUACAAUUUCCGAUGCAUAACCUAAGCCUGAUAAUCAAAUAAUUAAAUCAAAUUUAAUGCUAAUCAAAAUCAAAAGACCGGCAUUGGAGACAGAAGAUUAACCAAAGCAACUUAAUGGAACCAAGCGAAGCAGCAACAAAAAACAACAAAAUACUUACUACUUACACACUAUAUGUACUUAACUAGCAACUUUAGUAACUUUUCUAAGCUUUGAGCAUCUUAGAGGGGAUAUUUUUCAGAGCUGACUAGCAGAGAUGUACUAUUUACAAGGAGUACGUGAAUACGAUGAGAGAAAAGUGCUCUGCAAACCAAAAUUUAAAUAGCUAUGAAUGUUAGGCGAAUGCUUUCUAUAGGAUUUGAGUGUCUACUUUUUAAGGGGAGUCUUACAGGGUCGCAAUGAGCGCUUGAAAUGAUUAUAAAUAUAAUAAUAACCAUUUAUGGGUGUCCAUCAUAUAUAGAUAUAGAAUUCAAUAUUCUUUGUGUCUUCCUUAGUCAAAUAUUUGUGUGUCUGUAAGUAUCUAUGUGUUAGGGAUUCAAAUAUGUAUGUAUGUAUAUCCUCCUUGAAAAUGCAUUGCAAUGUAUGGAAUUUGAAUGUCAUCCCCUGAGACAGUAAAUCUUGUAAAUGUGCUCGAUGUGGAAGCAUGGAGAAAAAAAACUACAAUAAUAAUAUUACCAUUACAUAAUGGAAGCUAAAGAGAUCUGUGUGUGUGUAAAUAUGCUUAAUCACGUGUGGAUAUUGGCAUAGGUUCUACCAUGUAUAAAGUAUAAACUAUAAUAAAGAAAUAUUUAAAUGUUUAACAAUAUAAA